AUGAAUAUAUUACCUAAGAAUUAUACUUUAAAGCCCGAUUUGGGUGCGCCAGCAGCAGGGGUUGCCACUGUGAAUGGUUGUGAUUAUACUGGCCUGCUAGUCCUGGCUAGAAUCCCGCUGGGGUCGUAUCAAGAAAUAGAUGAUACCGUACUUGAAACACUUAUAAUUAACUAUGAUUUCAGACUCAGAUCCGAAUUGAUUGGACUGAUACCAUCUUUAUUCUGUGGUGCAUUGCUUCAUGAUUGCAUCACUUUACUGAUUAUUACUUGUGAAGUGUACAGUCGCCACUCUUCGGUGGAUAUUCACUCUGAGUCAGCUGAAUUCUCUGUUCCUGGGGAGUCCUCCAGAUACAAAAAUCGCAUGUCUUGUACAACAUAUGAAAGAUCGGACGGAGGUGCUAUAAAAUUGAAGCUUAUCAUUGGAACGAAAACCAUCAACCUUCUAAUUACUUGCUCUGCUGAAAUAUCAACUGAACCAAAAAUCAACAUCGGACCAGGUGUAGAGUUUGGCCACGGUUCAAUUACAGACUCAAAUUGCAAAAUAUACUUGAUGAAUUUAAAAGUUGAAGAAUUUUUGAAAAUGUUUGAGACCUUACACAUCAAUUAA